AUGGCUGCGGACCCUAAGAGUUUUGCCACCGCACAGUCACGGGCCAUUGGCCGCGUCGGCAGGUUGCCCGUGCAGGGUCGCUAUGUCACACGCCGGCGCUUGGAGGAUGACAUCGAGGUGACGGGCAAGAUCUUGGGCACGGGCUGCAGCGGCGAAGUGCUUGCGGCCCACUUUCGGGACGGGCCUGGCCGGGUGGCUGUGAAGGCUUAUGACCUGCGGCUGCUCGAUGAGGCUCAGCGUGAGCGCCUCUACGCCGAAGUGGAGGUCUUCCUGAGCUUGGAUCAUCCGCACAUUGCGCGGCUCUUGGCCGUCUACGAGUCCCGUACAAAGCUGAGCUUGGUCAUGGAGUGCAUGGAGGGCGGUGAGCUCUUUGACCGCGUGGCCCAUGCGCGCCAGUCAGAGCACCAGGCGGCGCAGGCGACGUGGCACAUGCUGCAGGCGGUGUCUUACCUCCACCGCAGCGGAGUGGUGCACCGCGACUUGAAGCUGGAAAACUUCCUCUACGACGCAUCCGGCAGCGACUUCUUGAAGCUGAUCGACUUCGGCUUCAGCAAGUUCUUUCAUCAGAAGAAGCACAUGAAGGAGGCUUUGGGCACGAUGAACUACGUGGCUCCAGAAGUCCUCAGGCAGAGGUAUUGCCUUGGCUCCUGUGACAUGUGGAGCCUGGGCGUCAUUGUCUUCGUGCUGCUCAGUGGAGAGAUGCCCUUCCAAGGCAGCGACGUGGGAACUGCCCGAGCGAUCAAGACCGGACGCUUUUGGAUGAAGCCGGGGAAAUGGUUUCACGUGUCCAAGGAUGGGAAGGACUUUGUUACUCGACUGCUUGUGGUGGAUCCAGCGAAGCGCAUGCAAGCAGAAGAUGCCCUGAGACAUCCUUGGGUUCACUCUAUGAAGGCUUCCGUGCCUGGUGUCAGAAGCACUACUGUGGUCACUGGCUUCCGGAAUAUUGCUCGCGCAAGCAGAUUCCAGAGGGCGUGCUUGCAAGCCAUGGCUUGGUCGCUGACGCUGGCGGAGCGAAGAAGGCUGCGGGGCGCCUUCAUCCGCCUCAGCACCGACGGCGUCAUCGCAAGGGAAGAGCUGCAGGAAUACCUCUCCAAGCUCUCCGUGGGCAAGGAGGACUUUGAUGCCAUCAUGGAGUUUCUGCCCGAAGAGAUCCACUACAGUGACUUCCUGGCAGCAAUGAUGGCGUGCGAGUCAGAGCAGCAUGAGGACGUUGCACGCUCCGCGUUUCGGCACUUUGACUUGGAGGGCGUUGGCCACUUGACCCCUGCAAGGCUACAAGAGGUGCUGGGCAAUGAAUUUGAUGUGGCUGCAGUUUUUGACGAGGCGGACCUUGACAGGGAUGGAGCAAUCUCCUUCCAUGACUUUUUGGCGUACUUGCAUCAGAUUACGGAGCUUCCUUCUGUCGAAUGCCUGGACGACCUUUCUGAGGUGUCUCGGUCGGAGAAGCUUCCAAAACGAAAACGUAUUCGCCAAGCAUUAAAGUCUUGGCUGGCCAACUUUUUUUGA